AUGGCGAUCCGAGUUACCUUUUCUUUCUCCGGCUACGUUGCCCAGAACCUUGGUGUUCGUGUCAGUAACUGCCGGUCUAUCCACGAAUGUUUUGUCCGGUCACGGGUAUUUGCUUCACCUACAACCACAACACACAAUCCUGACCUUGAACCGCCCGGCGCUAGAACAAAACCAGAUUUUCGACGCCGAAACCUGAAGAGGAAUUAUAGUAAUUCGGCGGCGAUGUAUAGUACGAUUGCGGGUGAGAUUUUUGAAGAGAAUUGUAAAGGGAGUACAAUUGCGGUUGGAUUAAUUUCUCUAAUGAAGUCAACGGCUGGGGUUUCUUGUUCUAACAUGGGUGUUUGUGGAAUUUCACCAUUUAAAGCCGCCUCGAUCCUUCCGUUUUUGCAAGGAUCGAGGUGGCUUCCUUGUAAUGAGGCGGUUCAGGAAUCGAGGAGUGCCGAGGUGGAUAAAGGAGGUACAGGGACAGCGACAGUGAGGUCCGCGGAGAAUGUGAGUAAGAGUAAGAGCAGUACUAGUGUGAGUUUUCAGAUUAAUGGGAAGGAGUUUGAGAGGACAGGGAGUUGGUUUUCAAAGGUCUAUAAUGUUUGCUCGGAGGAUGCGAAGGCUAUGUUUACUGCUGCUACUGUUAGUUUGUUGUUCCGGUCCACCUUGGCAGAGCCUAGAUCCAUUCCUUCAACUUCCAUGUAUCCUACUUUGGACGUGGGCGACCGUAUUUUGGCAGAGAAGGUUUCAUACUUUUUCAGAAAGCCAGAAGUCUCAGAUAUAGUGAUCUUUAAAGCACCUCCAAUCUUGCAGGAAAUUGGUUAUAGUUCGGGCGAUGUAUUCAUAAAGCGAAUCGUGGCUAUGGCUGGAGACUAUGUUGAAGUUCGAGAGGGCAAAUUAUAUGUUAAUGGUGUUGUUCAAGAUGAAGAAUUUAUCCUGGAGCCACUUGCUUAUGAGAUGGAACCAGUGCUUGUACCUGAAGGUUAUGUCUUCGUGAUGGGGGACAAUCGGAAUAACAGUUUUGACUCCCAUAACUGGGGCCCGCUACCUGUUAAGAACAUUGUUGGCAGGUCAGUAUUCCGCUAUUGGCCUCCCUCCAAAGUAUCUGACACCAUAUAUGAUCAACACAUGGCAAAGGAUACUACAGCAAUCUCUUGA